AUGGCCUGGCACAGCUAUGUUGGAGGGCCUUGGUGGGGAAGAGGAUGACGAAGACCAAGAUACCAUCAAGGAAGCCUUUUUGGAAACCUCUCCAUACCUGCUGGCUCUCACAAUGGCCGUUUCACUCUUGCACUCCGUAUUUGAGUUCCUCGCCUUCAAGAAUGAUAUUCAGUUUUGGAACAAUCGUCAGAGUCUUGAAGGCUUGUCAGUUCGCUCUGUGUUCUUCAACGUGUUCCAGUCUGUUGUGGUCCUCCUGUAUGUGCUUGACAACGAGACCAAUUUUGUUAUUAAGGUCUCGUGCUUCGUAGGGCUUGGCAUUGAGCUCUGGAAGAUCACAAAGGUAACGAAUGUCUCUGUUAAUAGGGAGAAACGGAUUAUGGGCAUCCCUACAUUGAAAUUCACAGACAAGGGAACAUACGUGAACUCGAAUACAAAGGCCUAUGAUGAAAUGGCCUACAGAUAUCUGUCAGUAGUGCUCUUCCCUCUGUUAGGAGGCUACUGUGUUUAUUCUCUCAUCUACCAAGAGCAUAAAGGAUGGUAUUCCUUUGUUCUGUCAAUGCUUUAUGGCUUCCUCCUAACCUUUGGUUUCAUCAUGAUGACUCCACAACUGUUCAUCAACUACAAGUUGAAGUCUGUAGCUCACCUGCCAUGGAGGAUGCUCACAUACAAGGCUCUCAACACCUUCAUCGACGACAUUUUUGCAUUUGUUAUUAAGAUGCCCACCAUGUAUAGGUUGGGCUGCCUUAGAGAUGAUGUGAUCUUCUUUAUCUUCCUGUAUCAGCAAGGAAACCCAAAGAACAUACCUGAUACAGGAAGAUAA